CCGCCGCCUUUCGUCCCGAUCCUGUUCGGAUUCUCCUCGCUUUUAUUUAUGUGUUCGGUUUCGUGGUUUCUCCUUCUCCUCGCUCGCACAGCUUCUCCAUGGACUCGCCCGCCGGUACAGAUGAUCCACCCCCGUUCGCAGCCUCCGGUCAUUACUCAUUACGGCCACGCGAUCGUCGUGCUCCACCCUCAACAAACCCACGCAAGCGUCCGCGCAUAUCGAUCCAGAAUGACGUUAUUGGCGAUAUAGAUGCUAGAUCGGGGAACGGCGGGGCAAUCUUGCUGCUGUUUGAGACGCCAUCGGGCUUUGCAAUUUUCUCUUUUGAUGGGAUCCGCCUCAUCGCACCAACUGCCAUGGAGGAUAUCUGGCAAAACUUUGCCAUGGAAUAUAGGGCAAAAUUUGUAGUUUGGCGUCUUGCUUUUCAAGUUUUUACAGACAAGUCUCUGGCAAUUAACUGUGAUACUGGUGUGGACGAUCAGCUUAAUCUCAUGAUAACAAAGUACCACCGCAAAGGGGGGAAAAUAGCUGUUGGGAAACCCGAAUAUAAAACAAUCAUAGAAGCAAACCUGGGUAUUUCCUGUCUGUAUGAUGAAUUUGUGAUGGAGGUGAUGUGGGGUUUGACGAAUCUUAUGCAUAGUUUAGUCCCUGAAGAAAACUCUCAGCUGAGUAAGGAGGACCGUCUCCAGAUGAGUCAAGGAUUAAAAAUGCUCCUGAAUCGUUAUGGAUUUGAUGUCAAACCAGGGAUGGUUAACAAACGUAUUCUUGAGGCAGCAUCUGACUUGUAUGAUUGUGAUGAUUGUGAGAAGAAAAAUAAUUGGUCCUUGCGUCGUGCUGGUCGGAACCUUAUGGAUAUCUCUAGCAUUAACAGUGAGGAUUGGGGCCUGUUGAAACUUUCUACAGCUCUGAUGAUAGUAUGUUACCCUGAAGAAAAGAUCAUAGCAUGCUUGCUGAAACAUUCUACAGAUUUGCUGAUAGCAUCUUACCCUAGAAGGGAAGUUAUAGAAUACAGUCAAAAGAUGUUUUCACCAGAUGUGCUAUCUAAGCUGGUAACUGAUGCACCAAAAUAUGGCAUUUGGAUAAAAAAGCGCACUUCCAAGAGAAUCCAUGAAGAAAUGGUAUUUUUGUAUCAACAAAGGAUUGAAAAGCGAAAGCUCUUGGCCACCUUGAUAGGGGAGGCUACAAAGGUUUAUGAAGCUGAACAAGCGGAAUUGCUGACAAACUAGAAGUGACCACAGGUAUUCUGAAGCUGCUAUCUAUGCCCAAGAUGACUUCCAGUGAUUUCCAGACCACCACUUCUUUUGUGUUUUGUUUAUCUCAAGUUAAAUUUGGGAAUUACUGAUAUGAUCAGUGUACUGUUUGGUUUCUACUUUAGACAAGUUAGACUGUGCUUCUCCAAGCUGCUAUUUGUUUUGGUUUUGGUAGUAUUGGUUUCUACUUUAGACAAGUCAGACUGUGUUUCUCCAAGCUGCUAUUUGUUUUGGUUUUGGUAGUACUAGCUGAAGCGCACAAUGCCGCGCUGCCCGGAUCAAUUGAAGUCCAGUAUAUAUAUACUAUUUACCAAUGGCAUUCGUCUUCAUUCA